GUCGAGGCGGAAAAGUGAACUUUGCGCUACGUAAGUGGAGGUCGUAAGUGUAAAGGUCGAAGUGUUGUAUGCGAACUAAUGAAUGAGAAUCAAGAACAUGGUUCAUUGUUGGUUAUAAGUCCUAGAUUUCUGUUUCUAAUUGCAAUAUCGGAGAUGAAGAGAAGUAGAAACGGCGUUUUAUACUGUUUAGAACUUUUGAAACGAUGAAGAACUCAACAGUGAAAUGAUGUUGGACCUGUACGCCGCCGUAGGUUGUAUAUAACAGGCAAAUCAACAAAGCUUUUAAAUAAUAAACACUAGCAUCUAGUCGUGGAACAGAUUUUAAUCUUAAAUGGCAUUGGAUUUCGUAGAACUAAUCAGAAGACGUCCAUUACAUUUUCUCAUGAAACCCACUCAUUUUUGCGUUAUUGCUGACAUCAGUUUGUGAUGAAAACGGAAAUGUGUGGAUUCUUAAAAAGUGUAUUUGGACCCUCAUAAGGGUUCGCAAAGACAACACAUAUUUGAAGGCGAAUUUAUGUCGUUUCUCUCAUUUUCGAACAGACGAACUUGUAGAAGGUAUUGUUUUCUCCACAAACCAUUCAUUUACGGAGUUUGUUUUGUAGUAGAACUGGCUAGAAAUUUGUCAGUUAUUUGAAGCGUGUCCGCUCAUUCACUUGUGUUUACUAAUGAACCUCCAAAAUCCCAUCGAACUCUACAGACUUUAAAUGUCUGCGUUUGGUCGUGUUUGUCCCAUUUUUUUCCCUUGUAGCUUACUAACUAAAUUUAAUAUUAAUUCGACUCUAAACUCACUAAUAAUAAUGCGGUCUUCUAUUUUAGCAAUUUUCAAUAAUCUGCGCUGCAGAGUUAGAACAGUUAAUGUAGGAUUCGUGCAUAGUUUCACGUCAAACAGGAGUCGAACAUGUCCUUAGUCAAUAUUUUCAUGGUGACUGGCGUUUUAUGUGCCAGGACUAAAUAAUAUUAGAGAUAUAAAGAUAGAUUAAAACAUUUUUCGACUUUGACUCCUCCAGUCAUACUACUCCAUUAAUGGCGACCUCUCCAAGAUAAGUCAAGCAGUAAAAUAAGAACUUAUGCAUUAAUGGAAAGUAGUAUGGUUAUGAGCAGUGGCUAAUCAGUUGUUAUCCCCAGGUUUUUGUUAAGGUUGCUAUUUUUUGAUGUUGGUACUUUUUGGUAUUAUUUCAAAAGGCUGGAUAUUGGCAUAAAUCGAAAUUAUGUCGAUUGCAUUGCUUAGAAUAACACGACUUCAGUCUGACAAAAGUUUUGUAAGGUAUAUAUCAGUUCCACUUAUUAUAUUUCCAAUUAGCAUAGUGGUAUAAGAUUAUUGACGUAAUCAGUAGUAAUGCACUAAAGAAAUUGAGAAUAAAACAAGCAGUGGAAUGUUAGAAAAAUAUGACAUUUAUGACUUAAAUGGAAGUAAAGGAUGUGUGUGCAUAUCGUAAAUUUAGGCAAAGCGGUUAGCGUACUGUUUCCCAGCUGCUAUGUAUGGAUCCAGACAAAUCACAAGACUAAGCCGUGUAUUCAAUCACUGAAAUACUUGUACCAUGAGUGUCAACACCAUUUAAGUUGUUUGUAAAACCGCAUCCACUCAGCAUCAGAUAACAGGACUGUGCCGUUUGUAUAAUUUAAUUCGACGAGAUAAUUCUGGAUCAAAAAUUAGCCGUCAUAAAUAAUAUGCUUUUUCUAGAAAUACAUGUAUGGCAAAGUUUUGUUAGUAUAAAAUUGAAUUACACCAAAUAACACCAUUUAAGUAGAAAUUUCAAAUGAUUGCUCACCGUUAAUAUAGAGAUUUGGCCAAUGUACGAUCAAGACAUGAUUCCUGUUUAUGUUUCCUUAUUUCGUUGUUACUGAGCCCCAUUUAGGCGUUGCAUAAUUGUAAUAUCUAAGAUCUCAAAAGCCAAGUUCACACUCUUACAUUAAUUACGUGCGUUUUCUAUAAAAUGAGACAAUUACUAAUAAAGGCAAGUCAUUUAAAAUCACAUUUGUCUCCCAAAAUCUUAUUCGGAUCUCAGUUUGUCAAAUAAUCAUAGACCAUUUUUGUAGUCAACUCAGUUAUGUCUGCUACUUUCCAUCCCUUCAAGUCAUUUAUAACCCUAGCGUUCUAGGUGCCCUAAAAGAUUGCUAAUAAGCGUUAAACAGAUCUCACAGAUAAUCUUACUAACAUCAAGAAUAAGUUAAAUGAUCUUAUCUUCGACAAAUAUAGAUUGUAUCCUUAUAUCCAUACAUUCAGUCCUUGCUAAGGCGUUGUCGAAUUUCCGCAAAAAAAACCUACAUUAUCUUAUAGUCUACUGGGGUGGGUUUACAAGCUCGAAAAGUUAUAAAAAACCUACUAAAACCAAAUGUUUACGAGCCGGAAUUUCACGUAAUCGUAAGUAAUAUUACUCAACGUCUUUUAUGCUGCUGUAUUCGUGCGACCGAGCCUCAUUUACAUUUAGUAGACUUAACGGCUAUAUAUAUAAGUAGACACUACUUCUAAAGUUAGGCGAUAAUGUAUCAGUGUACUGAUUUUUGUGGACUAACCAAAAUGAUUGGAGUAGGGGGAAUUAUAUUUUAUUGAUUCUAAAUAUGAAGGUUCAGACUCAUUUACUGUUGACCUAAUCGUUUUCAGUAUUCUUAUCGAAAUUUGGUGUUUUCUUGUUCAAGCCUUAUACGCUUUUCUGACUACAAGUUUUUUGGAUUAGUUUUUGCUUAUGUUUCCUGAAAGUCGGGUAGUUCAAGUGUUUUUUCAAGUCGCCUUUGAGGGAGAUGUUUCAACCAAUACUUUACCGAUUGCUUUUCCACACUAUCAUACUUAUGUAAAACUAACAGAACGAUAUCGUUUUUUCCCUUUACAGCCACUCUUCGUUCGUGGUCCGAUUUAUAGUGCCAAAAAUCCUGCCUAUCAGAAAACGCUUAUAUGAUUAUACUUCUAAUUUUUCAUUGACCAAAUAAAAUUUCUAGUCAAUUGUCUCCAUGUUUUCUAGAAGUUUACGUUCUGAAACACGCAGCAGAGCCAAAGAAGACCUAAAAAGAGUUCACAAAUCACAUGAACAGGUUCGAAGCUGGGAAAAGAAAUGGGUCGCUGUCAAGGACACUUCAAUGCUUGUUUAUAAAUGGGUACCUUCUCUUAUAAUUGAUAUGGGUCACAGCAAAAAAGGAACAUUCAAUCGUCAGUCAAGUAUAAAUAAUACAUCACAUAUUUCUUCUGGUAUUCUUUCAUCGUAUUCAUGCCAGCAACCUGAACAAGAUAAUUCUAAAGGUUCAGUGGAUACAAAUUCAGAUAAACUUACGAAUCUGAAAAAUGAAGACCAAGGUCCGACCGAAACAUCACAAGAUACAAUUCUGUCGGUUACAGAUGACAUGUGCUCUCAAAAAACAUCUCAUGUGGAUACAGAAAACAAUAACAGUCAAGAAGCUUCACUUGAUGAAAGCAAUGACAUUAUCAUGUCAUCUGAACAAAAGUCCAAUUCAUUGGAUAAUACUAUUGACGACACUGUUAUUUCAGAACCGAUUUCUGUUAAACCUGAGAUUGAUGAAGAUUCAACCAUUGUUAUUGAAAAUGACAGUAUUGUUAAUAAUAACAGUAAUAAUAAUGAUGAUCGAAAUGGAGUUUGUUAAGUUAUAUACUUCGUAUUGAUUUUCUGUGUAUAUGUUUUAUUUACUAGUAACAUUUUAUAAUAUAUCUCAAACAAUCAAUGAUCUUUUGUAAAUCUCUUGAGGAAGAAAAAUAAAUGAUCAAUUUUUCGUUUGUUCAUUUUUCUUUUCUUAUCUAGUAUGUGUAACUUAAUCUGUAUAGAAAAUCAUUGAGUGAAAACGAGUUACAAACUUUUCCAUUCGUAAGAUAUACCUAAAUAGAAUGUUUUACAUAUUUUGAACUGUUGUGAAACGAAUAUUGUCAGUGACUUAUUCAAGUAGAAAAAAAGUGAAAUGUAUUCAUAUUAGAUGGACUGUCUGUUGUACAGUUCAUAACAACUUGUGUAAGCGGAUUGAAUUCAACUCUCCACAUUAUAACAUUCCGGUCAUUUGUUAGUACGUUUUAUUUCAACUUGUUGGUAGGUCAAGAGUUUCCAAUUUAAACAAUUUGAAUUCCAGUUCGUAGAUAAAAGCCAGUAAGG